UGUGAAAUUAAGCUUCCCGUGGUUCUACCCAAUUUAAAGUUUAUGGUUGGUUAUUUGGAUCGCAGUGAGACCAACUGUUAUGAAACGCAUGGGAAAGUUAGAUAGAAAAAUUAAAUAAAUUUACACGAUAUGUGUGUCUUAUAUAUAUUUGAAACAUAGCCUGAAGGAUAACAGUUUAGUUACGUUUUGUACGUUUUGUUGAUUUUGAUACAGCUUUAACGGUUCGUACACAUUUUGAGCCUUAAAGUAUUACAACACUCAACACAUCCUAACAAAAUCUAAAAUUUGGAAUGUUGGGUACUUCAAGAUUGUUUGUAUACCCGACCAGGGGGUAAUCACCGGUUUAGAAAAUGUAGGGUUGUGACUUGUAUAAUUUUGGUGUUACUGUUUGUGUGAGACACUUCGUUGUAUAGCCGGUAACAAUUAUUGUGUAUUUGAACAGACAUGAUUUCUGAGAAAAAUUCGUUUACAACGUUUGUUUGUUUGUUUUCACUUCCUGUUUUAUAUUACAUCCAAAAUUGUAAGUAUUUUGUAUAAUGGAGUUUAUUAAUCACAUGCAUGUAAGGUUAACAGCUACUGGUUGUCUCCUGGGGUCAUGUUUAGGAACUGUUUGCAACGUUCAAAUGUAUUCAAUUUUGUUUUUAAAAGGUCGGGCAAGGGGAGGCAUAGUUAUGGACCCUUGUGUAAUCUAAAUGUGAAACACAAUAGUAUUCAAACAUCUGUAAUAUAUAAACUUUGGAUUCCUAAACAGACUAAAAGUUUGGAACUUAAUGGUGCAGUGUUGGGAACUAAUAUUAUUGAGGGGGAAAUGUCUCCAUCAAAGAAAGGUUCUGCGAGUUCACCUAGCAAAGGAACUAGAAGUAAAAAGAAGCAUCGUAAAUCAAAGCACAAAAAUGAAACGUUCAAGUCAAAACGCAAACACGACAAACAUGAGUUGAAACACAAACAUGGAAAACAUAAGUCAAAACGUAAACACAAAAAAUCUAAAAAAUUUAAAGAGUUUUUGCCUACCAGCACUUACGUAAGAACUCUUGGAGAACUAAUUGUUUCUAACUGUUUAAAGAUGAUUGGUGUAAAUACUAGUGAUAAUAUUGGGUACUGUAAUCAGGGUAAUACUGAUGGAAAAAAGGAAGCAAGUUUCACAGUAACAUCAUCUACUGAUACUUCUGAUCUAAUUUUAGAAAAUGAUAGCAAAAAAAAUGGUGCAGUUAUUGAGUCUCUUGGGAAAUCAGAUUCUGUUAACUAUGCCUGUGAUAAAAAAAUUUUCACCAAAGAUGAUAGGUGUUUGUAUGGUGAAAUGUCCAUGAAUACAGUUAUCAGUGAUGUUACUAGAUUUGUGAACCCACCAGUAGUUGAGCCCAGGAAUAACCUGCAAGAUGUUUUGAAUACUUCACCUCCAGAAACCCCAGGAUCUUCAGAAAGCAGCUUAAAAAUUAUAGAUUCACAUAUAAUAAAAAAUGUGUUUGAAAAGGCAGUUGGUGUUGGUGUAACACCAUUGCAGUACCAGGACAUAAAAAGUUGGACUGCCAGUAAUAAGGAAGCUAAGACAUCUCAAGGUGGGCAGUGUUUGGUGGAACCUGGACGGUACUGGAUUUAUUCUGAGACCAUGAUGGAAGAUGCAUCCAAAUGGAGGAAAUUCAAAUUGAUGUCAUACAACGUUUUGUCUCAGAGCUUACUGGAAGAACAUCCUUAUCUGUAUACACAAAAUGAUCCAAGAACUUUGGAUUGGAAUUUUCGUAGUAGGCUGUUGUUUGCAGAGAUUCAAAAUCUGAAUGCUGACAUACUGUGUCUGCAAGAAGUUGAAAAUGAGCAUGUUUACUUGUUUGAAAGACAACUUCAAAUGUUGGGUUACCGUGGCAUCUACAAGAAGCGUUCGCACAAGAGGGUGGACGGCGUGGCAAUAUUCUACAAAGCCGAUACCUUCGUCCUCCAGGAGUACACGUCGGUGGAAUUCUUCCAGCCGAACGUGCCGGUGCUGAACCGGGACAACGUGGCUCUGAUCGCGAAGCUCGCCCACAGGGACCUGCCGGGACAGAGCGUGGUGGUGGCCACGACUCACCUGCUCUUCAACAUGAACCGGCACGACGUCAAGCUCGCGCAGACGCAGCUGCUCAUGGCGGAGGUGGAGCGAUUUGCUUACUCGGGAGUGGGGAAGUUUGGCCCAAAGUAUUUCCCGGUUGUCAUAACUGGUGACAUGAACUUCACGCCUUUCUCAGGAGUGUACAAAUUCUUGACGGAAGGACGACUGCGCUACAAGGGCCUUUUUAAGAAGAAUUUAACUGAUCGGUACGGCAGCGGCGCGGUGUUCAACAACACGCUGCUGCCGCGCAGCCUGCACGUGAUGGACUCGUGCCAGCACUGGGGCAUCCUCCCCUUGAGGGAGAAGGGCACCCCUGACCGCAGGGAUGAGAUGAAGCGCAUCAAGGUCUACAACUCUGACUUCACACUGCUGAGGAAGAUCCAGAGCCCAUGGGACAUGAAGUUCGGGGAAGAUGCGACGUCAGGCAAACUUCCCCAUCCAGGAACUUUGCAGCUCAUGGAUGUGAGCAGCGAGGUGGAAAAGGAUACUGAAGAUGGGAAAGAUGGUCUCCCAAGUGACAGAUUCGAAACUGGAGUGCUGACGCAUCCUUUCAACCUGCACUCUGCGUACACAGACCACGACAGUGAAGUCACAACGCACCACAAGAAAUGGGUUACUGUUGAUUACGUUUUCUACAGUGUUCCCAAAGAUGAGCUGGAAAGUGGUCUCACAUUGUUGGCCACCUACAAGCUUCCCACAUUUGAUGAAGCCACUCGUUCGGGACCCAUCCCAAACUUCAAAUCGCCUUCGGACCAUUACCCACUUCUUGUUAUGUUUGGUCUGAACAGUGAUGUACAAAAAAUGCAGCACUGAUACUUUUUUUGAAAUUUCGCUGUACUUGCUUAAAUGAGUACCUGAGUUGGCUAACACAACAAUUAUUUUUAAAAAGGGAAGAAAAAUAUUUUGAUUUUCUGUAAAUAAUGUUAUAAGUUAAAAAGAUAGGUCUAGAGUUGGUCAGGAAAACUUUUAUGAAUGUCAAGUCACCCUACACAUUGCUAAAACCUAAUUUAUUAUGUGGUGAAAACUGCAUUGUACAAGGAAAUGAAUGUAGUAUACUUGAUUGAAGUUUUUAAAUUUACAUUAAAAAUAAACUUUUGGUCAAGAAGUUUGUGUGUUGAGAUGUGUAUAGAGAUGGCCAUUUUAAUUGUUACAUUAUUUUCCUACAUAAAAAUAGUUUUGCUUUGUUGUGAGUGAUCUAAAAAUGUAUUGUAUUGUUAAAUGUAAAUAAAUGACACGUUUAGUUUUACAAAA